AUGAUUGAGCUUGAUGAUGAUGCUGAGAUUGUAGACAUGACUCCAUUUGCCACCCCAGAAAGGAACAGGAGACGAAACAAAAAGAGUAAGGCUUCAGGUCCAGCCGAAUACGACGUUUUUCCAGUUGAUGAAGACGACAAGCCAUUAAUAUCGACACAUUAUUCAUCCAAACAGGCGAGCUCAGUUCAACAGCCCAUUCAGAAAUAUAUCAACUUUACAAAAGAUAUUCGAGAUCUUUAUGGAUACCAAGAGACAGGGUUGCUGCAUUACUAUACAUCAGAAUCCAAGCAUUGGAAAAGAUUCGUGGAGGAUUGUAUAGACAUAAAGGAAAUCUGGGUUCAGUACUAUGAACUUUUGGAAAUGUGCAAAAUUAAAAUUGAUAUCAAGAUGCAAACUGAAGAGUGUCAGUUGCUUGAUGCAGUUGCAGAGGGUACAGGAAACAUUAAUUUUGCGUUCUAUGAUUUUAAAAUGAAAGAUAUUUUUCCAAGCGCACGUUUGGACCACACCCUUAGACCUGCUGUUCACAGCACACAUCAAGAUAUUUCCAAAUCUGUGGAACCGUUCAUUAUUAUUUGUUAUCAGCAAGACAUACAAGCUGUAAGCGAUGUAAUAAAACAAAAAAGAUCUACAAAGUACUGCCUUUUAGUCAUUGACGAAGACGUAGACGGCGUCGAUAGUGGUGUCUGCGUUCUUCCUGAAACAUUUAAUUCGAAAUGCGUUGUAGAACGUUGUGAUACAUCGGCGUAUAACAUUGAAGCUGCAAUUGAAAAGUUAUUAACCAGAUGGAUCUACACAAUUAUUACCACGAAAGUUGUAGCUUUUGUCUACCUUUCAUUGGAUGAAAAAGACGAUCAGAAACAACUGGACGAAAAACAAUUUCUUCUACAAAGUAGGACAGAAGUAUGUGAGCGAUCCAAAAACGACUCAAAGGCUUUUCUCAACAACGAAAGUGUGCGGAAGUUCCUAAAUGAACUAAUAGAAGAAAGUAGAGCUUUGUACGACAGAGCUGAUUUACCUGAAGGCGACACACCACCAUUCCCACCAGCCCCGAAGAAAAUCAGCCAUCAGGCUCGCGAAGAUUUGAACAAAAUCCAAGGGCUACUUGCCUACGGGGAAAGAUUUGGAACUUUGAAUAUUUUUCUUAGCAAUGAUUCGGAAACCGAAACAACAGUUGAGGAAGCUGUUCAGCAUGUCUUGCAGAAAUGGGAUAUCAACAAAGUUGUUUUUCGAUAUGGGUCUACUUUUAUCGAACCAUAUAUGAAACCAGGAGAUAAAGUUUUUGAAGAGCCAUUUGGGUCACUGGCAUGCUUUGCGAGGGAGGCAAGCGGACACGUAUAUGCACUUUUUUCAAAACACGUUGCAGAAUUUAACACGAAUAAAUUGUUCAUCGAUGGCGAAGAUGUGGGAAAACUACUUCCUACUGAUAAACACACUCUAGACAUAGCAGCGGCACAAAUUCACGAGUCCUAUGAGAAGAAAUGCCGUUUCAUGUUUCAGACGGAGCAAGGACAGGAGAAAAAGUCAACGCUGUAUGACUGUAGCAAAGACAGCAAUAGUCUAUCUGGAAAGCGCGUUCAUUUACACGGUGCCAUGACCUCGCCUGGUUUAGGAAAGGUUUCAAUAGAAAAAUUGUAUGUUUUAGAUGGGAAUUAUGAAGGGGUAUUGUUUGAGGAUAGGAAGUCAGGUACGAAUCAACCAUUUUGUGUCCGUGGCGAUAGUGGUGCUAUGGUGUUGACUUACUGUAGCAAAGACGAUGAACUCAAAGUUAUAGGAAUGAUAAUUGGCGAACAGGUAAAAAAUCAUAUUAAAACAUGUGCUCGUCCAAUGUACCCUGAUGGAAAAGCCGAAGCUUGUUUGGUUACACAUAAAUCCUAUGUCGGAUUUAAAAUGACGGAUGGUCUGAAGGAAUUAGAGGAACGUCAUCGAAUUUGUCUUUCUUUAUGUUGCGACCAUGAGCUUGAUGUGGACAGCGGCAUUUCAAUUCCCUUGAAAUCAGCUGCUUCAACAACAGACAAUUCCCCGGUUCAAUCGCAUAAAGCGUUUAGCACUAUGUAAUGGAUUGGACAGACGUAAAGAAAUAAUGACUUGCAGUAGAAGAAAAGGAGAGUUACUGCAAAAGUGAUUUUUAGUAUUACACAAUUUAGUAUCAUCAGCAGAUGACGGUAAUAUUUAUGAUUUUUUCUAUCAAAGUUUAUUGUAUAUUUUCAAUAUAGAAUUAAUCUGUGUAUGUUCUAGUAUACAAUUUAAGGCAGUAAUUUGUAAUAAUUCGUCAUUCUGAAA